AUGGGCAAGCAUAUCUUACCCGCCAUUGCAAAUCGCUUACGCGUGAACCGCGGCUUCGAUUCGGCGUGGUUCACUGGGCCCCAGCACUACGCCAAGAUGCUCCAGCGCGACUGGCUGCUCACUAAGAACGUCUGGAGCUUUGUGCAGCGCGCCUCACGGUCUGCUCCGCGCACCAACAAGGAGGACCCCGCAGCCCUGGCUGCCCAGGCUGCUGAUCCCUCAAGGCCACGCUACCCCAAGAAGCCGCAGCCGCGCCAACAAGACGCGCGCGAGUUCCCCAACUUCCGCCCCGCGCGCGUCUUCACGCAGCACAUGCCUUACAAGUCCAUCGUCUCCGCGUUCGCAUACCAUCCGCCAAAGGACAGCAGUCCACAGGCGAAGUACGGCCUCUUUCAGGCGGAAAGGCCGCCCCGUACCGGCGCCACUGCACCCACGGCAGUCGCACGGAAGGAGGUCUCCAACCCCGCUAACAGCGCCGCUGGCGGCCCAGGGUCCCCUCGGUGA